ACGUCGAGCUAUGGAGCAAUUGAACUCCGGCGACACCAUAGUCUUUGCUGCUGUGCUCCAUCUUCAGCUGUAAUAUUUACAACUUGAAUUUUGAAGUAGCUUUAAACAGUAGAGAGAAAAAGAGCGAGCAAGUUCGAUGGAUUUAAGCUUCCCCGUGAAAGCUCAGCUUUUUGGCUCCAAAAUUUGUUACAAGUCCCCUAGCUACUCUACUUCAAUAAAAUUCUACCAUAAAAUAUCUCGGCCUCAAUUUUCAGUAUAUGGAAUUAGGGUUCGUUCAGAAUUUGACCACAAAAUCAAUGGAGCUUUCUCUCCCGAUAAUGACGCUCGCUUCCUCGACCGGCAAAAGGCAUUGGAAGCUGCAAUGAAUGAUAUAAACAGCUCCUUUGGCAAAGGAAGCGUCACUAGAUUGGGUAGUGCUGGUGGAGCUCUUGUUGAAACUUUUCCAAGUGGCUGCUUGACGCUUGACUUUGCUUUAGGUGGUGGCCUUCCCAAAGGGAGAAUUGUUGAGAUAUAUGGACCUGAAAGUAGCGGAAAGACUACCUUAGCUCUCCAUGCUAUUGCAGAAGUACAGAAGCUAGGAGGCAAUGCAAUGCUUGUUGAUGCUGAGCAUGCUUUUGAUCCUGCAUACUCUAAAGCACUUGGAGUAGAUGUAGAGAAUUUGAUUGUCUGCCAACCUGAUAACGGAGAGAUGGCUCUAGAAAUCGCAGACCGAAUGUGCAGAUCGGGUGCUGUAGAUCUCAUUUGUAUUGAUUCAGUCUCAGCCCUUACUCCACGGGCUGAAAUUGAGGGAGAAAUUGGGAUGCAGCAAAUGGGUUUACAAGCACGCCUGAUGAGUCAAGCUUUACGUAAAAUGUCAGGCAAUGCUUCGAAAGCUGGGUGUACUCUUAUAUUCCUCAAUCAGAUAAGAUACAAGAUUGGUGUUUAUUAUGGAAAUCCUGAGGUCACAAGUGGAGGGAUUGCCUUGAAGUUUUUCGCCUCAGUUCGACUUGAGAUCCGUUCUACAGGGAAGAUAAAAUCUGCAAAAGGAGAUGAGGAAGUGGGCCUUAAGGUCCGGGUAAGAGUUCAAAAGAGCAAGGUUUCUAGGCCUUACAAGCAAGCAGAAUUUGAAAUUAUCUUUGGAGAAGGAGUGAGCAAGCUGGGUUGCGUAUUAGAUUGUGCUGAACUGAUUGACGUGGUGUCUAAGAAGGGUUCGUGGUAUAACUAUGGGGAGCACAGGCUGGGACAGGGACGAGAGAAAGCAUUGCAGUAUUUGAGAGAGAAUCCUCUUCUCUCUGAAGAAAUAGAGAAGAUGGUUCGGACAUCCGUGGUAGACGCAACUGGGUUUUUAGGCUCUUCUUUAUCGAAACACCCACUGCCACAGCUUCAAGAGGAAGAUGCACUUCAAGAGAUGCAAUAACAUGAAUCAGAGUUCUGCUUUGAUUGAUUAUGACAACAAAUUUCACAACCAAUAUUGACAUCCAUCUGAUUCUAUAGAAGAAAUGAACAAAAUUGGAAGAGUCGCUACUGGAAUUGCUUAGUAUGAGACCAUUUCUGUACUCUAUACAUUGUUGAAGAAAGAUGUAUAUUCUUGUAUACUAGUACAUCUUGGUGGGGAGAAGGAGAUAGAUACGUCCUUCAUUGCUGGACUGGUUGCCUGUUGUGCAAACAAGAAUGCUUUUUCUAUUUUGGACGUCUAAAUUUUCUGGGUGACUAGGUGUCACCUGAGCCAAAACAGAAGAAUUAGAGUUAAGGUAGUGAAAAGGAGUAUGUAGUUAGCUCAUUGCUGCAUAUUUUGUCAUUGUGGUUUGGUUGUAUUGUUAGCCAACAUUUAUGAUUGAGCUCUUUUCUCUGUACAUCAACUUUAAGAGGUCAAAAUUGUACCAUUUUGUUGGACUUAAAGAAAACAAUAUUUGAACAUUUAACAAUGUGCUAGUGGCAAAUGAAGAUUUUUGCUAGCA